GAACUUGAAUUUCGAUGCACCUUUUUCCAUUGGGGUGCUUCUUGAUCUUCCAUGAAAUAUAUGUACAUAUAUAUAUUUUUGUAUGUAUAUAUGUAUGUAUGUACGAAAAUCACACUAUAAAUUUUUUGCAUUUACAUUUGUUGUUCUAUAGUUUGUAUGUGUUUGUGGUGGCGCGUUAUCAGCAUAAGCACAAUGCGAUUACAGCUCUAAUUGAUAUUUCUCACUUUUUGUAAUUUUAAACACUAAUGUACUUGUCUCUCUUCAAUGAGAUAUUUUAGCAGUGUUGAAAUGUGUAUGAAAUGCACUACUUUAUUAAGGUCUUUUUACAUAUCUGGAUUUUAUACAUAUAUUGACGUGAGUUUAAAUAUCUCUGUUCUACCUAUCCACUUCUUUGAUAUGGUACUUCCUAUGUAUGUAUGUACAUAUAUGCGAGCGUAUGUGCAAAAUAGUCUAAAAUGGAGUAAGAUAUCCAAACCAUCGAAUCCAAGGUACUAUAAAAUCGACAAUUAAUUAAAAUUCAUCAAGAGGAACAAAAGUUCCUACAAUGUCGGAGGGUAGUGUACUACACAUAAAACAGGAGUUGGAUAUCAGCACAUCAUGUUGCAGUCCCAGCACUUCUACCACGGUGGGUGUUAAUCGCUCUAAUUCGUAUUCGAAUGGCACCAGCGGCAGUACAAGUAGUACUAGCAGUGGCAGCGCGAUCAGUGGUGGUGGCACAGGUGGCAAUACAUCAACCAGCGGUAACAAAUCUUCACCUUCAGUGUCUCCAGAACGUCAACUGUGUAGUUCAACAACAACACUAUCAGCUGAUUUGCAUAGUGUCACCCUGACUGGUUGCGAAGCAAGCACACCAAUUGCCUUAAAAGCAAACGAUUGCGGUGGUAGUAAUACGAAUAGCAAUAGCGCUGGAUCAGCUAGUGGCGGUUCAAUACGCGAUGAAUUACGACGUCUUUGUUUGGUGUGCGGUGAUGUUGCAUCUGGAUUUCAUUAUGGUGUGGCCAGUUGCGAGGCUUGUAAAGCGUUCUUUAAGCGAACCAUACAAGGAAAUAUUGAGUACACGUGUCCUGCUAAUAAUGAAUGCGAGAUUAAUAAGCGCCGACGUAAGGCCUGUCAGGCAUGUCGAUUCCAGAAAUGUUUGCUGAUGGGUAUGUUAAAAGAAGGCGUACGCUUGGACCGAGUGCGUGGUGGUCGACAAAAGUACCGACGUAAUCCUAUUUCGAAUUCAUACCAAACCAUGCAAUUGCUUUAUCAGUCCAAUAGUACCUCACUAGAAGAUAUAAAAAUUCUUGAGAUACUCAACGCAUAUGAGCCAGACACACUCACGGUGCAGCAGCAACAACAACCACAUACCACUACCGAAAGUGGUAGUAACACGGGCACGGCCAAAGGCACUCAGAAUAGUUCUGUUAAGUUGGAACAGAAUAAUUGUAGCAAUGGUGGUGGCAGCAAUAGUAAUAACAGCGAAAUAUUGUCUUCCAGUGCACAACCAGUAUGCAUUUUUCAAAAUAACAAUUGUGAUGCUGAAGAAAUCCUCGCUGUUCUCAGUGAUUUAUAUGAUAAGGAGCUGGUGAGCGUGAUUGGCUGGGCCAAACAGUUACCGGGCUUCACUGACCUGCCGCUGAAUGACCAAAUGAAACUGCUGCAAGUGUCAUGGGCGGAAAUUCUGACUUUACAGUUAAGUUUUCGUUCACUACCGUUUAAUGGACGUCUGUGCUUUGCCACAGACGUGUGGAUGGACGAAUUGCUAGCUAAAGAAUGUGGUUAUGCCGAGUUUUACUAUCAUUGUGUACAAAUUGCUCAACGUUUAGAGCGUUUAUCACCACGACGCGAAGAAUAUUAUCUGCUUAAAGCAUUAAUUCUAUCAAAUUGUGAUAUUUUGCUCGAUGACCAGAGUUCAUUGCGUGCAUUUCGCGAAACAAUUCUUAAUUCAUUGAAUGACGUAGUUUGCUUAUUGCGAUAUGGGUCCGCAGUGUCACAUCAGCAACAACUUCUACUCCUGCUACCAGCAUUACGACAAGCGGAUGGCAUUUUACGUCGAUUUUGGCGUGAUAUUUGUCAUGAUGGUAAAAUAACAGUAAAAAAAUUGUUUGUGGAAAUGCUCGAACCAGUGUCCAGGUGAGAAUACCUACGUUCAAAAUACAAGUUAUGAGUGUUCCUGUAUAUAAAAAUUUCACAAUUGCUAUGAGAAACUCAUUUCACCAGGAGCAACAACGUUUAUCAAUACUAUGUAGAACCUCAAGAUAGCGUAGAAAAUUAACUGAUCAGUUGUUUUAUGGUAUAUCCGUGACAACGUAGUGGGUUUGUGUAGCAUGAUAGCGGGGCUUUCAAUGGUUAAAGUAUCGAAUUUAUUUCUAACCACAAAUAUACAAACAUACAUAACACUUUGCUAAACAAUUCA